AUGGCGGCUACCGAGUCCCAGUUACCUACCGACCCCAAGUACGACCAGUACGACUUCCCUACCACCGCCCCGGAGGCACAGCCCGGUCACCCCGGCCACACCUCCCCGGAACAGGAUGCAAAGGUGCACCAGCUCCGCGCGGAUCUGGAAAAGCUCGGCUACACCGAGCGCCUGGAUACUCUGACCCUGCUGCGCUUCCUGCGUGCCCGCAAGUUUGAUGUCGAGGCUGCCAAGGCCAUGUUCACCAACAGCGAGAAGUGGCGCAAGGAGUUCGGCACCGAUGAGUUGGCUGGCACCUUCGAGUACACCGAGAAGGAAAAGGUCUUCGAGUACUACCCCCAGUACUACCACAAGACCGACAAGGAUGGCCGCCCUGUCUACAUUGAGAAGCUGGGCAAGAUCGACCUGAACAAGAUGUACACCAUCACCUCUGCCGACCGCAUGCUGAAGAACCUGGUCACCGAAUACGAGAAGCUGGCCGACCCCCGUCUGCCCGCAUGCUCCCGCAAGGCCGGCAAGCUCCUCGAGACCUGCUGCACCAUCAUGGAUCUCAAGGGCGUUGGAAUCACCAGCAUUCCCUCCGUCUACGGAUACGUCAAGCAAGCCUCCGACAUCUCGCAGAACCACUACCCCGAGCGUCUCGGCAAGCUGUACCUCAUCAACGCCCCCUGGGGCUUCAGCGGUGCGUUCAGUGCUGUCAAGAACUUCCUUGACCCCGUGACCGUUAGCAAGAUCCACGUUCUCGGCAGCGGAUACCAGAAGGAGCUGCUCGCCCAGGUCCCUGCUGAGAACCUGCCCACCGAGUUCGGUGGUAAGUGCUCUUGCCCCAACGGCUGCUCGCUCUCCGAUAUGGGCCCUUGGCAAGAGUCAGAGUGGACUCGUACCCCCAAGUGGGCCGCUAAGGCCGAUGCCAAGGAGGGUGCUGAGCCUGUUGUGCAGAACGAGGACCCCGGCUAUGAGAAGAAGGAUGCCGAGGGCCAGGAAGGUGUCCAGACUGCUGCUUAA